GCCCCUUCAGCCUUGAGCACCGCUGUGUCCCAAGCCUCCCAGAAGCCAGGCCAGCAUGGUGGAAUUCGCGCCCCUGAAUGUGCCGUGGGAGCGCAGGCUGCAGACCUUCGCAGUCUUGCAGUGGGUCUUCUCCUUCCUGGCCCUGGCCCAGAUCUGCAUCAUCAUCUUCAUAGGCCUCCUGUUCACGAGGUUCUGGAUCUUGUCCAUCCUGUAUGCCACCUGGUGGUACCUGGACUGGGACACACCUCAACGGGGGGGUCGGCCCAUCCAGUUCUUCAGACGCUUGGCCAUCUGGAGGUACAUGAAGGACUAUUUCCCAGUCUCUCUGAUCAAGACUGCAGAGCUGGACCCUUCUCGGAACUACAUCGCGGGCUUCCACCCUCAUGGAGUACUGGCCGCUGGAGCCUUUCUCAACCUGUGUACUGAGAGCACUGGUUUCACCUCACUCUUCCCUGGCAUCCGCCCCUAUUUGAUGAUGCUGACUUUGUGGUUCCGGGCUCCCUUCUACAGAGACUACAUCAUGUUGGGGGGUCUGGUCACAUCAGACAAGGCAAGUGCUAGUCACAUUCUGAACAGGAAGGGUGGUGGGAACUUGCUGGCCAUCAUUGUUGGGGGCUCCCAAGAGGCACUGGACGCCAGGCCUGGAGCCUACAGGCUACUACUGAAGAACCGCAAGGGCUUUGUCAGGCUCGCCCUGAUGCACGGGGCAGCACUGGUACCCAUCUUCUCCUUUGGGGAGAACAGUCUGUUUAACCAAGUUGAGAAUAUCUCUGGCUCCUGGCUGCGCUGUGUCCAGAACUCGCUACAGAAGAUCAUGGGCAUCUCUCUCCCUCUCUUUCAUGGUCGCGGAGUCUUCCAGUACAGCUUUGGCCUCAUGCCCUUCCGCCAGCCCAUCACCACUGUAGUGGGGAAGCCCAUUGAGGUGCAGAUGAUACCGAAGCCAUCAGAGGAGGAGGUGGACCAGCUCCACCAGCUCUACAUCAAGGAGCUGUGCAACCUCUUUGAGGAACACAAGCUCAAGUUCAACAUCCCAGCUGAGCAGCACCUAGAGUUCUGCUGAGCAACCCCAGCCAGAGGAGGGGCUGCCCCAAAGGGCAGGGCCUGCAUUCUCAAACCCAUAGGAGGCUCUGUGAUUGGAGAUGGCUUCCCAGAAUUGUUGCUGAACACAUCUCUACAGGAUCCCUGGACUCCUGCAAACCUAGCCACAGCUGGCAAGGUGGAAGAGAAGGCAGCCCCUGGCUCUGGGAUUUACAUGCUGGCAGCUAAAGCUCUGAGGCCUCCCCUUGACCCCCUUGGCCUCUGCCUGCCAAUCCGUGGAAUGGGAAAGAAGCAGGCAGAAAAUCAUUUCUGAGGUCUCUGUCUACUGUCGUAAUAUCACUCAAAGAUGACCAAAGGACAUCCAGGGGGAAGGAGAGCACAAGGUUCCCCUACCCUUGAGUGGCCGUGCAAAAGAAGCCAGCACCCAGACCUCUCCUCUGUGUGCCUCUCAUCUUACACUCGGGACACCCUUUCCUCCCUGAGCUGGAGACAAGGGGUAACCAGUAAGCCCCACACCCACCCAGGUUUCCUUCCAGAUUAUGGGUCCUCUGAACUAUGGAGUGGCCAUCAGAAGGGACCAGAAGGUUGGUGACAGAGCUUAGUCACUGACUGGGUAUGUGACUGAGAGCAGGUCUUCCCUUCCUUUGGAGUUUCAGUUUCCCUAACCUUGAUGAUCUUGAGGUCUCAGUUCUCAUAUCACACAGGCUCCAUUAGGAAGUCUCUUACUUAUGUUUGUAACAAACUUUAGCCCCAGCCUUGGUACAAAAGGAGGGAUCUUCAUGGAUCACUUCAAUAAAUGAAAGGAUUCUGUUUUA